AUGGCCCUCACUCUAAGGAACGACGCCAUCGAUGUCCGUGGUCGCAUCAUGAAGACGGGAGCCGGCGUCAAGUCGUCCAUCACACACCAACAGCCCCUGGAUGCCGUCACUUCCCACGCGUCCUCGUCUCUCUCCGACAAGAUCCCCGCGGAGCCCGCUCCCUCAUCGACUCAUGUCAUGAACUGCGAUGUCGACAUCGAUCACCUCAAGACCCUCAAGGACAAGUAUGGCCUCGCCGACAAGAUCCACUACUUCAAGCGCUACGUCACCUUCAACCGCAAGCCCAUCCAGCGCAAGGGCUACACUGUUUUGGACCAGGACUUCCUUCCCAAGAAGUUCAAGACUGUUGACAUGACCAAGUCUUACCCUCCCGAGGAAUGCGUGGCCCCUCUGGAAGUUCCUGUCACUCAGUCCCCCUACCCUGCCACUGUCAACGCCUCGGACUUCAUGUUCGCCGUUUCUACUACCUACAAGCGUUUCAAUGACCCCAAGACGAGCCCGAUCAAGGAGUGGUCUCACUGGCUCACCGACAGCAACGGCAAGUCCAAUGGCGGCAAGCUUCUUCUCUUGCUUCUCGACGCCAGCGACGCCGAGCUCAAGGACGCCAGCGACAGGCUCAAGAGAGUCGGUAUUGACGCCGACGUGGCACACUCUGAUCCCUCCAUGGAGAUGGCGGUUCGCUACCUGACCCUCGUCCCUUACCUCUACAACCACCCCGAGCGGAAGACAAGAAAGUGGCUCGUCACUUGCGAUGAUGACACUUACUUCCCCAGCAUGCACGGUCUCAUCGAUAAGUUUACCACUUUCGACCACCUGGACCCCCUCUACAUCGGAACCCUCUCCGAGGACGUCAACGCCAUUCAUCGACACGGAUCCCAGGCUUUCGGCGGUGCUGGUGUCUUCCUCAGCGUUCCCCUCGCGGCUGCCAUCAACCAGCUUUACGAGUCUUGUAAAACGGAGCAGAAGGUCAAGGAGGCCAACUCUGGCUGGGGUCCUCAGGGCGACAUCCUUCUCCGUAAGUGUAUCUACGAAAACACCGAGGUUCGCCUCACAAACUUGUGGGAGUUGUGGCAGCUUGACCUGUACGGCGACCCGGCUGGCUUCUACGAGUCUGGCAUCAAGCCUUUGAGCUUGCACCACUACAAGGGCGGUGGCUGGCACUUCGCCAAGCCUUUCCAGUCCUCAAAGGUCGCCCACGCUUGUGGCGAGGACUGCUCAUACCAACGAUUCAUUACCGCCGACGAUUUCAUUAUCGCCAACGGCUUUAGCAUUGCCCACUACCCGCAGGGCAUUGACUUCAACCUCGACCAGAUGGAGCGAACCUUCACCCCCGCCCCGAUGACAUUGCGCAGAUCUCUGCACAAGACCGGCCGGAAGAUCGCCUGGGAGCUCCAAGAAGCUCACGUGCAGGAAGAUGGAUCCGUCCUUCAGGUCUACACGCGGAGAAAGGACGACGAGCGCUGGGUCGAGGAGGACGGCGAGCCGAUGAGCAAGAUCGAUGGCAUCAUUGAGCUUGUCUGGAUUCCCUCGACAUGA